AUGACGAUCACAUUUGUUCCUGGAGAAGUCAACAAAUCGGCCCAUUCGGUAGCACAGGGCAAUUGGAAAAACCACCAUAUCUUAGUCUAUGGGUCCGGUAACAAUUUAAUCAUAACGGGGGCCACGCUCUCACCAGGAAAUAAAAAACCAAACCCCAGCAACAUUGAAAAGAACUUGCAAACCAUAUAUCUUGAUCGAGAUCCCCAGGCCAUUGAUAUUGAUUCGCAAAAUGGGAGAAUUGUCAUUGCUGUGGGCUCAACUAUAAUUGUGUAUGCUCCUGUUAACGAGUAUAUGAAGAUUCCGAAAUGGCUGCAAUGUCUUGAGUUUAAAGUGGACGAGACUGUCAAUUGUGUCAAGUGGGCUUGCUGUGAAGAUGAAAUUGUCGUUGGUACUGGCCUUAAUCUAAUGUUGUUUCAUAUUUAUAACGAAUAUGGGGAUUUGAAAAUUACCAAGAGGUGGUGCUCACCACAACUGAAUCCAAUCUCGGAUUUAAUAAUAACUUCUUACGGAAGUAAGAUCUUGACUACGAGCGGGCACUACGACCGCAUGGUUAAGGUAUGGUCGAGAAUAAACUAUUCCGAUGACAACACCUUGUUUGAAGUUUCAUAUCUACAACAUCCCAGGGGAACAUAUGUUUCGGCAUAUCAUUGCCGAGUGCACCAUGAUGAAUCACAUCAAGAACACCAACCAAGAAGAAGAAUAACCGAUCCUUCAAUGGCAAAUAUAAAGAAUAUUAGAGGUUAUAUAGACAAUGCUAAUCAAGAUAAUGGUGAUAUCAUAUAUACAUUCACAAAUGAUUAUCAAUUACGAGUGUGGGCUUCAUAUGAAUAUAGUGGUCAUAACCAUAUACAAUGUUGGGCUAAUUUGGAUUUAUCUACUAGUUUUACCCUGAUUUGUUCCAUUCUAAUUAUUGAAAAUUAUUAUAUGAAUCAGGGGGUCAUUACAUUAUUAAAGAAACUAACUCACGACUUUGCAAGUGAUGAUUCAGAUUUACUAUUGGUGAUUUCCGAUCUAGGUGAAUUCAAAUUGUUUGCUAUAACAAACAUAUCACAAUGUCCUCCCAAUAAUAUUCAUUUCAUACCUAUAAAUCCAGAUAAAUCAUACAGGUUUACUGAAAAUUCAUUCCCAGUGGAUACCAAGAAACAAUCGCCUGCCAUAACACUCAACCUGAUUCAAUCUGAAGAAUUCAUAACAUCCAUCCUCAAUCCAAUUUUAGUCAAAGAUAUAGCAUUCCUUAAUAAUGACCCCCACAUCCAUCAUCUUUCUUUUGCAAUCCAUGACAGAAUCAAAAAUACCAUUCGAUACGAUAUUCUCGAUUUGUACAAACUCCUUGACCCUCACACCGACAGUUCAGGAAUAUCUCUCGUGAGUAAAUUCCAGGGCCAUACCAAAUCAAUCCGAAAAAUAGUUAAAUCAAAUUCGUUGUUUUCCAAACAUAACAUUCUUCUUUCAAUUCUGAACUUUCCAGAACACAAUUAUAUUUGGGAGCCAAUCAUAUUGAGCGAAGAUCAAUUUAAUAUCAUGUCAGUGACAAAGAGAUUUCAAAUCAAUGUAAGCCAUGCCGAUGAUUCUAAAUGUGCCGGAAUUUGUGAUGCUGUAAUUAUAAAUGACGUAGAACCGCCUGUGGGGUUGCGAAGAAGACACAUUGUCGUGUCGAUUGAGAGGGACGGACAUAUUAGUGUUUGGGAUUGCAACCAAGAUGACCAACCAGCGGAAUUGAUUACAAGGCACAACUUGACGUUUAAGCAACCACCGCGAGCUUUCAUCUUGACCCAGUGGCCCAGUGAAGAUCAUAUAGAAAGCCAGGUUAAACAGUACUGUAUACUUGCAAUAUUUGAACAAGAUUUAGUUCAUGCUUGGAGGUUGACAUUGAGCUAUACUGAAGAUCAUAAAAUUACCGAGAUUAGGUUUGUGGAUCAACCUAUUUCAAGCAUACCGCAAGAAGAAGAAAUAUAUCAGAUUGGUACUGUAGAUGCUUUUAUUCAACAGCAUACUGGUAGUGUGCUCUCCGUGAUUGACACUGAAGGAUUACUCAAAACAUACUCGCUCGACUUUACUGGAAAUGCAUUAUCUUGGAAACUUACCAACACAUUAGUAACUAAUAUCAAAAGAGCAAGCAAAAUCCAUGGACUGACUAUAAUUAAUAAGUUCGCCGUGGUUGAUGAAACGGGCACUGUGCUCACAAUAUGGGAUAUCAUGCAAGGAGUGCUUGAAUAUGAAGAACAGUUCCCUAUUGAAAAUGGGGCGGUCAAAGAUCUAGAUUGGACAUUCAUAAGCGAAGAACUGACAUCCAAUGCCAUCCUCUCAAUUGGGUUCUCUCGGUUUGUCUUGUUAUACACGCAAUUACGUUAUGAUUAUACGAAUAAGAUUCCCACCUUUGCUACAUUGAAGAAAAUUGAUAUUUCCGAUUAUACCAGCCAUGAAAUCGGAGAUCUGAUUUGGUUAGAUGGCGGAUACUUGAUUAUUGGUAGUGGUAAUCAGUUUUUCAUUGACGAUCGGUGGGUCAAAUUAGGAUCAAGCACUAUUGAUUCGAUGAUUCGACAAUUGAUGAGUGGGUACCACCGCAAUGAAAAGUCCGAGUUUACUGAAAUUUACGAAAGCGACGAGGAAGAAGGGGAGGAUGAAACAGAAGAUGAACCGGUAGAAGAAGAUCUGGUUUAUGAUAUCGCUCAUUUGGUUCGGGUUCUCAACGGUCCGUUGCCCAUUUAUCAUCCACAAUUCCUUGUACAAGCGUUAUUCAUGAGUCAAGUUAAUUCUGUCAUGAAAAUCCUUGUAAAAUUGUUUCAAGUGUUGAGAAAUGGGGAUCGAAUCGCCUGGGAUUUGAAUUUGGAUAUUGAACAAGAAAUUUAUCAGACUCAAGGGAUAACCGUGUCUGUGAAGGAAGACCAACCGAAACAAAUUGGGGUAUUGCAACGAAGAAUGUCGUCAAUUUUCUCCAUUGAUGUGUUUACCAAAUUCAAUGAUGAGUUGGCGGAUUUGUUGACUGAGAAAUUGAUGAAAAUUUCUAUGCCUUUGCUAACCAGACAUCAACAAAGCACGUUGAUUUCUAUUAUUGCCAUUGUCAAGGAAUUGAAUAAACAUUUGUUAUCCCUCGAUGACAACGGGAUUAGAUUCAUGAUUGGAUUUAAAUUGUUUCAAUUGUCUACUAAACAGCAUAAAUUGUCCAUGCGUGAUAUUAACUGGGCAUUGCAUUCUGAUAACAAGGAAUUACUUUUGAAUGCAGUGGAAGAUUAUUACAAGAGCAGGUUGAAAUGGGAAAACAUUAAAGCCACGGGGUUAGUAUAUUGGAUAAAAACCAAGAGAUUUAUUAAACUUAUUGAAACGGCAGCCAGAAAUGAAUUUAGUGAAACUAGAGAUCCAUCAGGCCGUGUAUCCUUAUUCUAUCUUGCUCUUCGCAAGAAACAAAUCUUGAUUGGAUUAUGGAGAACUGUAAACCAUCCUGAACAACAGAAAAUGUUAAAGUUUUUGAAUAACGAUUUCACCCAGGAUAGAUGGAGAUCAGCUGCUCUCAAAAAUGCCUUUGUUCUUUUAGGUAAACAUCGAUUCAUGGAUGCCGCUUAUUUCUUCUUGCUUGGUGAUGCAUGUGAUGAUUGCUGUAGUACGAUUGCUACUAAACUUGGAGACAUCCCGUUGGCAAUUGCUAUUGCUAAAGUAUACAAUGGCAGCGAUAGUGUGACUAAUGAAAACGACAAUUCCAGUUUGUUCAAAGUUAUUGAGAAUUAUGUGUUACCGCGGGCGGUUAUUAAUGGGGACCGUUGGACUACAAGUUGGAUCUUUUGGCAAUUGGGUUAUAAGGAAUUAUCUAUUCAAGCAUUGAUUAAAUCUCCAAUAACUAUGGCGUUAGAUAACAGGGAUAAAUUUGUAGCUGGUCGUGGAGUUCAAAAAGACGAAUUUGUUGUGUCUACUAAAGGGCAAAGUUUCUUGCGGGAUGAUCCGGUGUUGAUUUUGUUAUUUAAUGAUUUAAGACACAAGAAGAUUAACUAUUUGAAAGGAUCACUUAAUAUUACCAAACAAGAAGAGUUUCAAUUUAUUAUUAAAGUGUGUAUGAUAUAUACCCGUAUGGGAUGUGAUUAUCUUGCCUUGUUACUAUUGAGAAAUUGGACAUUUAAUGAACAAGAACUACAAAAGACUUUUGAAUGGGGAUCUCCACCUCGUACCCUGGUGCUUAAUAAUAAACCAAGUCAAAUCAAGAUGCUUGAAUCAGAACAUGGAUCAAGUGGUGGAGAUGUACCUAAUUUAUUGAGUUCGUUUGCAAAUGGAGAUUCCGAGGCUCCUCGAAAGCCAUUGGUUAAUAAGUCACCACCACCGUUACAGGCAUUUGAAGAGCCAGAUAUGAGUUCAUUUUCAUUUGGGUAUUGA